CCUCCCCUCCGGGCGGCGAUUGGCGGCGGCGCUGCCGGGCGUGAGGCGGGGCGGCGGGGCGGGGCGGGGCGGCCCCAGAGCGGCGGGCGGCAGCAGGUGGCUCCGCUCCGUGCCGCGCCGCUCCGCGCUGCUCCGCGCUCCCGCCUCGCCUCGUCUCGCCGCCUCAGCGCGGCCCCCGCCGCAGCCAAGACGCCGCGGGCCGUGCUCCGAGUGAAGAAUGGGGCGGCGAAGCUGGCCAAGCCGCCGGCGGCGGCGGGCGAGGCCCCCGGCGGCGCCCCCGGACCCGGGCUCUUCAUGGAGCGGUCGCAGAGCCGCCUCAGCCUCUCCGCCUCCUUCGAGGCCCUGGCCAUCUACUUCCCCUGCAUGAACAGCUUCGACGAGGAGGACGCGGAUGGAGAUGGUCGGAGACUCAAAGGAGCCAUCCAAAGGAGCACAGAAACUGGGCUGGCUGUUGAAAUGCCCAGCCGGACUGUCCGUCAAGCCAGCCAUGAGUCCAUUGAGGACAGCAUGAACAGCUAUGGAUCAGAGGGAAACUUGAAUUUCAGUGGAGUCCAUCUGGCAUCAGCUGGGCAGUUUAGUGACUUCCUGGGGAGCAUGGGCCCUGCACAAUUUGUUGGACGUCAGACCUUGGCCACCACUUCAAUGGGGGAUGUGGAAAUUGGCUUGCAAGAGCGAAAUGGGCAGCUAGAAGUGGAUAUCAUUCAGGCUCGAGGACUGACACCAAAACCCGGCUCCAAAACACUGCCAGCUGCUUACAUCAAAGCUUACCUGCUAGAGAAUGGCGUGUGCAUUGCGAAAAAGAAGACAAAAGUGGCUCGCAAAUCAUUAGACCCUUUGUACAAUCAGGUGUUACUGUUUGCUGAGAGCCCCCAGGGCAAAGUAUUACAGGUGAUAGUCUGGGGAAACUAUGGACGCAUGGAGCGCAAGCACUUCAUGGGAGUCGCCAGGGUCCUCCUGGAAGAACUGGAUUUGUCAACUUUAGCAAUCGGCUGGUACAAGCUCUUCCCAACCUCCUCAAUGGUAGAUCCCACUACGGGCCCACUCCUGCGUCAGUCCUCACAGCUUUCCCUGGAGAGCACAGUGGGACCCUGCUGUGACAGGUCUUAGAGAGUAAGGAAGGGGGAACUGCUUUUGUUUUUUAAACAUGCUGUCAAGGUUUUGUUUGCUGGAACUCUGACCUCAAGCGCAAUGCAUGUUCAAUCAGUUCUUGUGGAGCUGGAAGAGGAGGAUAAACCAGUGACCUUAGACAGAAGACGAGGGGGAGGGCGCUGUGCCCUCUCUGUCCGAGGAGGAGGUGCUGUGGGGCAUGAGUCCUAGUUGUCAAAUUAGACGUACACCUCUUGUUUCACUUCUCUCGCUGUCAUUCUUGGACCCUUGUUUCAGAUCAGUAUUAACCCUGGAAAGUUGCAGCAUUUGAAAGAAUUUGGGGGGAGUAAGGAAGGUAUUUUUCUUAACUGUGAUUUCUAAUAUGGAUUCUUUCAUGAGAAAGUACCUGAAAAAUUCAGAGGCCAAUAUCUGACCUAAAAAGAGUAGAAGCAGAAAGUUUAAGAGGGAGCAUUAGGGUCUUUUUUUAUAAGGUCUUUUCUUCUUGAAAGGAAGAAAAAGAAACCUGCAACUCUUUCUUUAUAAUCAGUUCCCUAUCACUGAGUCAUGUUAACUGUAACACUGUCAUUGCUGUGUUUUCAAACUGUGCCAAAUUACCAGCAAGUGUCUUUACUGCAUUACUUGUCUAACACUGCUGAUGAAGCAUACUUGGUGGGAGAAUAAGUAGCACCUACUUAGACCAGACAGUUUGAACAGAGUUCAAGUUUAGCAGGCUAAUUAACUGCAAUUUUGCUCAGAAAAAAAAACAGUAGAAGAGGGAGCUGAACAUCAGACUUGCAGCUUGAGAUAUGUUUUGUAUUGUCAGAUACAAUGUUCUGCAAUUUACUGACUCCCUUAAUUGUUGCUGUGCAUCCUUCAGUCAUGGUGUCUUCUAUCUCCUGCUUUUCUUCCAUCUCCUUUGUACUGGUACAUAUCUGCUGGAGAUGCUGCCCUUCCUGUUGUGCUAUGGACUGACCUGAAACAGGACCGUUUUAUUCUGCCACAGGAGAGGAGAUUGAGGUUUCUGGGGUUGCAGAAGAAAGAAAGAAACCUCAGUUUGUCAUCUGACAAGAAGGUGCUGGAGAGCACGUAACCUUCCUUGUGGAGAGGAAGGUGCUUUAGGCAGUCUCGGUAGUACACAAACAUUGUCAAGUGUCCUGCAAGAGGAGGUGCAAUCCCCAAAGUACGGAGAGGUAGUGGGUGAAGAAUCUGAAGACGCAGUGGUUGCAGCAUGUGUAUUUUGCUAAUUGAAGUGCAACACUAACUGUAAACAAGUCUUGUAGAUUAAGCCAGUAAAGCACAUUCUCUGACCUACUGAGCUACAGCAGCUGUUAUCAGCAGAGUUGUGUGCUGGAGUAAGUGCGCUAGAUGCUUCAGACAAUUAAAAACUUACUGUUGAAAAUCACAGAGAAUCUCCAGAGAUUUUCUGUUGAUAGACCUGUUUUGGCUAGGUUUUGUCUUAGUUUCUAAUGAGGAUUUGAUGACUGCUGUCUCAGAAUAAACUUUUGGAGAUGUUUCACUUUGUGAUUUGAAAGCGAAGGUCCCAUGUCACAUUUAGGAAUGAGCAGAUUCUUGACCUGUCAUAGAGGCAUACUGAACAUUUAUUUCUGCAUGUGGACCUCAGCUUUGUUAGAAUAAAAGCAUGAGUGUUGAGUGGAUGGUAAAAGCAGUUGCUUUUGGUCCUAGCUUGUCUAUGGCAUUUUAAAUUAUUUUGAGAUAAAUUACAGGAUAGAUGCAAAAAUAAUAGGCCUUACAAUAAUCUCUGUAAAAAAUUAUAUAAUAUAAAGGAGAGGGAAGGAGGAUAAGGGACAUAGAAUGAAUAGUUUUUUGAGUCUUCAGUGGCAAAAGCCUCAACAUUUCAGAUAAAUCUCUUAAUUUCCUUGAUCAAAUACGUCUCUGGCCUCUCACUAAUUAUUUUUUCUAAUUGUAUUAGACAAUUUCUAUAUAUUAGCUGAAGAAAGUUUGUUGCAUGCUGGUCAAACUAUGUUGUGGCACGCUAUCUUAAUUUUAUUUUUUAAAAAAAGCACAUUUACUGUAAUUCAAGUCAGCAUCUUUUCCUCUUGGUAUGUAGUGAGUACUAGGCAAUAUUGUACAAUGUGUAUGAACUAGAAUAGAUUAGGUAGAUUUAGUGGUUUGUAGCACUGGAUCUUUUAAUAACUAUGUCUUUAAAAGGACCGUGGGGAGCUCCAGGUACAUGCCAGACCUGGCAGCUGAGUAACAGGGCUUCUGUCUUAAGUUAUGCCGAAAACUUUAUAUUGGUACUUAGUUUGGACAUUAUCUACCAGUAAUAGCUAGUUAAUCAUGUUUUCCUGUGUCCAGUAAGAUGAAUGCAACAUUUUUGCAGUCUUUAAUGGGGGGUAGGAGACUAUAUAUGCCAAAAGUUCUCCCCCAGAAAACUUUGUUUAAUGACUGUCUGUUGAAAAGCUCAGUUCCUGUAUGCCUGACAAAUGUGACGUGUCUCUAUCCUACCCCUCCAAAAGCUCUGCAAGCUCAAUGAUGAUCAGUUCAGUUACAACAGGACUACUUAACACCGAGGACUAUCUUCCGUAUGUUUUUAAUCAUGCUAAACGGUCACUGUCAGGGUAAAAAAAAAAAGUUACAGUUUUACUUGUGUUAUUUUUGUUAACGUCUCAGAUUCUGAAAUUUGCAGGCAGUUUUAAUAGUCUGCUCCAUCCUGUUUUCUUCUGCAUUUUUUACGUGGUUGGUUGUAGUCCAGUGGUUCUCGCUUUUGUUUCUACUCACUUCGAAGUCCCAUUUCUCCCCAGUAUGCAAACAUUGCAACCCCUGCCUGGCUGCCACGCACAGCAGAGUCACGCAAACUGGCAAGUGCAGAUGAUCUUCCUUUGUAAAGCAGACUCACAGGAGCCCUUUUGAGAGUGCCCACGGGGUGCUGAGUGAGGCCAGGAGAGUUGCACAGUACCCUACAGGCUAAAUUGUUGCUUCACUCAUGCCUGUGAUUCCUGCACUGACCAUGGUGUAUUAUAGUUAAAAAAGAAGUCUUCUAGUUAUCCAUCAAUUUAAAGACUCCCAGUAUAGCAUCCAAGGCAAGUCUCAGGCUUGGAAUAGCUUAUUUUUCUAAAGCCUAACCCUUUUUUUUUUUCCCCCAAAUUUGACUUGCCAGUUUCUGUCUAAGGUGAUGUGAUAUGACAGUUGGGAUUACCAGUGUGGUUGUGUAAAAAGUAGCAGUUUGCUAGAGUGACAAGCAGCUGAAAACUAAACUUUGGUCCUGUUUGCAAGUCCUGACUGAGUUUUUCCUGUGUCUGAGUCUAGCUGUUAGUUGUAGUCAGGGAGGGGGAGAGAGAGGAAGAGCAGGAGACUUAAAAAAAAAAAAAAAAAAAAAAAAAAAAAGGCAUCAUAUUAUUUGAGACUGAGGAGAGAUAAAUACCUGCCCAGCUCAGGGUUGAUUCUCUGUUCCUUGUGCAUGAAAUACUACAUUUUAAUAGUAAUGGAAGGAUUGCUUGCCAAAAAAAAGAAAGGAGAGCCAGUCCCUAAAUAUUACCUGCAUUACUAUUACCAUGGAAAACAAAGAAAUCCUGAUGCUGAGAGUAUCCCUGAGAGCAGAACGAUCUCUCCCCAGUGGGAAUGCCCUGCACACAGGGAGAGCAGCCUCGCAUGCGGCUUUGUCCUCUUUGUGGUCUGAGCAAAAAGCAGCCUUGACCAUGGUUAGUCCUGGUUUGUUCAGGCAAAAAAUGUGGUAUUUUCCCAGUCUCCUGGUGUUGCUUUCCCUUUGUCCCAACACAGCUGGGACGCCACAGAGCCAAUGCAAGGUCCUCACUCUACAAUUCAGUCCAUGGGUCCGCAUCCUGCAGCUGAAGCUAUGUAGGCAGGCUGGAGCAUCCCUUUUGCACUGCACGCGGGCGUUUGUGUCCACAGGCAGGGUAAGGGCCAGAUGACUUUAUUGUUCAGCCAAGUACAUCCCCACUUUCUUGGCCAUGGAUUGUUUCAAAGGACAUUGCAGAAUUAUUUGCUUUGAAUGAAAAUAUAUAUUUAUUGUUUCUAGCUACCGGAUCCUUUAUCAAUGUACUGUUCUAAAUUUGCAGGUCUUCUGGAGUAUGAAUAUCACAGGUUCCUGUAAAGGAGCUAUUUUUAAGAUGUUGAGGCAGUUAACAGAAUCUCAACCUAAGCAUGUUUAGUAAUGUUUAGACAGCAAGACAACUUUUUUAUGAAACUCAUUUUAAGUUAGUUUAUUACAUGCUGUUGGUAAUAUUUUAAAACAGGAAAAAUAUUUUUCUUUAAAGACAAAAUGAUGUAUGUUUUUUAACAGAGAACAUAAUUUAGUGUUUUCAGAAAUGUUUAAUGUUCUUGGUAUGAAGUUUACUCAUUCUUUUGAUUUCUAUGUUGCUUGUUAUAUUUUAUCAACAUUUUUCCAAAAGAAGAGGCAUAUGUAAAUAAACACCAGAAAAGAGUCCUAUAAGAAAUUCUGUUCAAACUGGCCAUAAAAUUAUUAGUAAAUAUUUGUUAUCAUUCAUUAACUCUUAGCUGCUAUUCAAGCCUUUGUUGAAAGAAUUGAUGUUGUAUUUUCAAGAUGAGAACUACUUAGCUAGUUUUGUCAUAAUCCUGUACUCUGUAUAAAAAUCUUUUUAUAAAGAAAGUCUAAUAGGCUAACAAGCAAUAAUAUAUUCCAUUUGGUGUGCACAGAUUGUGACUUGCAGGCUGUAGUACAUAUUGUUGAUACAAUUUAUAAUUGUCUUCAAUCUCAAUGACAUCACUUUUGAAAAAGAUCCAUAUUAACUUUGAUUGUAAAAAACAAAGACUGGGCUGUUGCCUUGUGAGAUAUAUUCAUCCUAUAGACUUCUCUGUGAGUAUAUGUGCCCAUCAACAUGAAAUCUCCUAGGUGAAUAAUGAAACAGCUGUAGGUGACUUCAUACUACAGAGGUAAAAAAUAGUUUCAAUAUAAACUUCCUGACUGUUUCAAUCUCCCUGUUUUUCUUAGGCUAUCUAGUAUUUGUAACUCAAUGAGAAUGGUUCCCACUGCCACUGUAGCCCUGAUAAAGCAAAAAAGCCUUUGCACUCUGGGGCCACAUGAGUUCUGCCUGACAGCUGCCUAUUUUCCUUGAGAUACCAGGGGCAAGCUAAAGGGAGGGUUUUUUCCAGAGCAGCAGAUUGAGCUGCUGUUCUUUAAACGCUUUGUGGGUUAUUUUGUCCAUUUCAUAGGUAGUAUUUGUGAAUUUUGUUAGAAAAUUCCACCCAAGGCAGAGAGAUUGCACCUUUGCAGAGGAUCACGGGGGACUAACACGUAAAACAGGAACAGGCUGUUCUGUGCCAUUCUUCGGAAGUUGGCUAAUGCUGGGCUCAUCUAAAGAUUUUUCCAAAGUGGCAGGAUCAGGAUAUUGGAUUUUAAGUCAGCUCUAUCAUUGAUGCAGUGCGUAAAAUAAAAUAGCUUCAAAACAGCAUCCCAGUUCAUUGCCUGUGGAUUUCUCGCAGCAUUUCCCGUAGAAAAAAAUCUUCACGUUGUUCUCAAGAUUGCCAGUCUGCUGGCCAUGCAGGCAGCAGGUCACUGGCCCAGUGAUGCUGGGAGCCCUGAUGAAUGAUGAAAUAAUUCAUGGGGUUUUUGUGAAAUGCUUUGAGAAGGAAAAGAGUAAAUGCAAAGUGCUGUCAGUAGAGAAGUCCAGGGUAUACUGAGACCUGGAGCAAGCAUCUAAAAUGAAAUUGCAGCUACCAAAUUUGAGUCAAAGAUUUAGAAAAGAGGAUGAUCAGUGAAAACCUUUUCGUGUUUACCCCAGUGCACACCUGCCAAGGUGUGUAUGUUUGUGGAUGUCCAUAUGUGUGCAUCUGUAUGAAUGUAUACAGGCACACAGUGCACAGUAGCACUUUGGAAAAUGCCAGGUUCCCUUAGGGAGGUGAAAUCCUCCGAAGGGGCUGGCUGGUUGUGCAAACAAUGUCUCAUUCUCUUGUAUGAGCCCUUUGCCCACGCAAGACCCAGCAGUCAAGUCUGUGGGAAACUCGUGAAAACUGGCAUGGCAGAGCCCCAGAGCUGUGCUCCUGCUGCGCCCUGCAUGUAUCUGACAGUCUGCCUGGCUUUCCAGCGUGCAUCUGUGAACGUGGUAGUUCCCCAGGGAGUUUGCAAGUGCUUAGGUAUUCUCAAAAUGUGGCUAACGAGUCUUAAACUCACACUGCCAGAUUCCGCUCUGCUCAGUGACCAACAUCCCAGUGAUCAAGCAGCCGCACAUCCGUCCCUAGCCCCAGCUGCUCACCCAGGACAGCAGCAUCAGACUCAUUCCUGGGGAACCUCAAGCUCUUCUUGUGAAGUAGACACCCUUCUGCCCUCCCUUCCCUGUGAUAGCUGCUCUCAUCCUGGUGGAGGAGAGGAACCGGGGAGAGUUUCUUGUAGCAUUUGGUUCUUUGCACUUUAGCAGCUGAAACUGAGAAGGAGCCAGCACCAGCCCUUUACAGAGCACCAGCAAACAGAGGCUACGACCUAACGAUUUCCCUUCAUGACUUUCCAGUAGCUAAAAUGGCAACCAAAGCUAUAUUGUUAAACCCCGCUCUGCCACGUCAGUAGACAGCCUUUGCAUUUACACUGCAUGCUGGGCACCUCGUGGGCUUGAGACCCCUAUGCGUGGGAAGGAAAGGGCUUUGUCUUGCAGAGAGGCCAUGUGGGCAAACGCAGCGCGUGCGCAGCAGUGAGCUCUGCUCACUGAGUGGGCAUUGAGGCAGAAGCAACCCGAGGAAAGAAUUGAGGCACACCUGCUGAAGCCAUGCCCACAAGCUUUCCAGGAGCUAGGGUUUUGUAGUUGCUUGGGUGCCACAGAUUGGGAUAGCUGCCCACUGGCGCUCCAGAUCCCCCUAAACACCAGCCUGGAACUUUAAAUCCUGCAGCAGUUUUUUCUUUGGGGCUGUUGCUCCUUACCCAGUGCUGCUCACUGGUCUCUGCUUUUGGUGAUUCCAUCUCCUCGACCUGGAGCUGGUUUUGGCUUUGUUUGGAGCAAGGAAGAAUGAGGUUUGGAGAGUGAAUCCAAGGCAUGUUCCCCCAGCCUCACUGUGCUGGGCUUGCCUUCCUCCUGCGAGCUGCAGGCUGCUCCCUGCGCCAGGUGGAAAGGGCAUCCUGGGGAUGCAGUGCCUCACCUAAGACCCCCUCACACAGCACUGCCAUGGCCUGCCACCCACCUGGGAUGCCAGUGUCCCGCCUGCGUUCUGUGGCAGUCCUGAAUUCAGACCACGGGGUCCUUGCUUUCCCGUCCUUGGUAGGAGCUAGGGGUCUUCUGCACGGGCUCUGCAACCCACGCAGGCGUGAUGUGCCAUACAGAUGGCCAGAAGAAGGCAGGGACGGGGAAGGAGCUGCCUCUGUGCUGGCCAGGGAGAAGGGGAGCUCCCAGCGAGCUUUCCUCCAGGUUCCCUUUGCUUUCCCCUGCGCCCGUUGCUCCUUACAUGGGUUCUCCCUUCCCUCUCGAUAUGAGGCCUUAUUCCAACCCGAGGGGACUGAGGCUGCCCGCAGCAUCUCUUUGCACUGAAGCACCCAUCCCACGCUGCCUGCGGGGAGCCCCGGGGCGGUGCUGCAGAGCUGGCCUCUGCUCGGGGAUGGAGCUACCACCCCCAGCACAUCCACGCUCUCACCUCCCCCGCACCAGCGUGCUGGCGCUCUGCCUUGUACCCCCGCUGCCCAGGAGCCUGGCCAUGGUAGGGAAAUCUGCUUUCAUGGGGUUAAACCUUUUUACUUCAUUAAUUACUCCACGAAAACUGAUGGCUUUGCAGGGGCACUACACGGUUGCUUCCUCUCCUCUUGCCUUUCCGUAGGAGUGGGGGCAGCUGAUCUGCUCUUUUUGGCCUCUGUAACCCUCUCUAAAACUUUUUUGGAGAUUUUUAACAUCAUCCGGUGAGAUGUAAUCUCCGUGGAGCCAGAGGGAACACAGGCACUGGAGCCAGGCAGCCUGCUUGCCACUGUGGCGAGUUGCUUGCGAGGUGCGUGGGCUGCCUUGGGUGGAAGGUGGGAUGCUGUCCCGGCAGCGCCGGUGGGAUGCCGGCUGCUCAUCUGUAGUCAGGAGAGGAUUCUGCUAUACUUUUUUCCUGUCUGUAGGUUUUAUUCAGACAAUAUGUAAUGAUUGAGUGAUUUACAAUUCAGUGUUAAGCUAAUGAAAAUGUUGAUAAUGGUGAUAAUAAAACCUUUUUUUUUUCCUA